GUUUGUUUGUUGUUUGACUCUUCCAUUCUAACUAAAUCUCCCUUCUUCGUACAACUCGAUCGUAUUGCCAUUACUUCGCUCACUAUCACUACAAGUCACUCGUUCCAAGGAAAUCUCAUUGCCGAUGUCCCGCCUUGUCGCUGCGUCCGAGCUGACUGGCGACGAUUCGCACUGGUCGCAUCCGGGUUCUCCGACGCCAAUCACCGCCGCCGCUGCAGGUCUGCCCAGCCACCCUCCGCCACACCCGCACUCUCACAACUCGCCAUUCAGACCCCCGUCAAGCCACUCCGGGCAUCCUGAUACCGGUCUCUCCGACGCGGAACCUCGCGUUGCUGCAGCCGACUCCAAUCACACGACGGAUCAUGCGGUUGGCCUUUUUAGUCCGCACCAGCACCACCAGCACCACCAGCACCACCACCGAGGCGCCCCAAGCAGCAACCAGACGAGUAGCCAAGCUCAAGCUGACUGGGCGAACGGCCACCACCGCCGUUUAUCAAGCGAGGCCGGUCGAGGGUACGCCAACAACAAGCACUCCUCCAGCAGGCCCGCGACGCAACCGGGCAAUCUGCACCUGGGAACAUACAUUGACGAUGUGCUGGAGGAAGCCAAGCCAUUCGGGCCAUUCCAGCGCAGAAUGCUGCUCAAAGCAAUGCUCGGCUCGCUGUCCGCCGGAAGUCAUGUCAUCUCGAUCAUUCUGGUGCAAAACACGAUUGUCGACGAGCUCAAUCUGUCGAGCGUGCUCAAAGCCGUCCUGGUCGCGGCCACAUUUGCAGGGUGGCUGGUUGGCGCCUUCUUUUGGGGAUUCAUCAUUGACAAGUAUGGACGUCGACCGGGACUCCUUGCAUCGCUGGCAGGAGUCACCAUUCUCGGCGCGGCGCUGUCUGCUUCGCAAGAUUUCCCGACGCUCAUCUCGCUCAGAGUCCUGACCGGCGCACAAAUCGGUGGAACAAUGCUCUGCUCGUUCACGCUGCUAUCCGAGUACAUUGCUCCGAGCAAACGGGGUAUCGUCAGCACGCUAUGGCAGACGGCAUUCGGCAUUGGCAUCAUGCUGAUGGCGCUCGGAGGGUACAUUGCCGUCCAAGUGCUCGAGGCGUCCUGGCACUGGGUGUUGGCCAUCGCGUGCAUUCCGAGUCUCCUCGCCUUUGCCGUCUUGUACUUUGUACUGCCCGAGUCUCCUCGCUACCUGCUUGUCCAAAAGCGGUACGACGACCUGACGGAUUGUUUGCAAACUGUCGUGGAUUGCAAUGGCGUGGAAAUGAUUGUCGUGUUGCCGCUGCACGAUCCCGACGCCGCCUUCUUCCCAGAUCCACGCACUGUGCACAGCAUCGAGCAUCACACCUACCACGCGAUUUCUCCCUCCUCCACUGUUGUUGCAGUCAAGUCGGAAGACGCCGAGAACGAGACUGGCAACGUCAACGGGCGUUCGAGCGAUUCAGCAACGUCCUCGCCAAGCACGACCCACACCUUGUCGCGGCACGGCAGCAAUCGCUCCACGCAAGACAUUGUGGUGGUCUCCCCGUCCGAAAUUUCCUACAAGGAGCAGCACUCCACGGAUGAUCAAGUGCUGCUCCCCCACCACGGUCACGGCCCUGCAAAAGGGCCUGUGCUGAGUGAUCUCGUCGCCCCUGCACUUCGGCGAAGCACGCUGGUUCUUGGGUUUGUGUGGUUUACCAACAGUCUGGUUUACUACGGCUUGACGUUUCUCGCCGCCGACCUCAGCUCGAACGUUUUCUUCAACACUUUUCUGUCUGGCCUAGUGGAGAUUCCUGGUUACUUGGUGGCCGUGCUCCUGGUGGAUCGCAUCGGUCGGAAAAAGAGCUUGAAUCUCUUCAUGCUGAUCGCUGGAUGCGCGACGGCCACCAUGAUUGCGCCGCUCGAGACAACUGGAAAUACUGUGGUGGCGUGCGUCGGCAAGCUCUGCAUCAGUGCAGCAUUCGCUCUGACGUACACCUACUCUUCAGAGCUAUUUCCCACCUCUGUGCGCGGCAUCGGCAUGGGCUGGUGCUCAUUUGCCUCGCGCUUUGGAGGAAUCCUCACGCCCAUCUUGAUUGAUGCGCUUGGCGACGACCUUCGCGAAGUGCCCCUGGCGUGCUUUGCUGCCACGGCCGUCCUCUCGUUUGGGUUGAUUUUCAUCUUCCUUCCCGAAACAAUGGGCAUGCACAUGCCCGACACCACCGACGAAGCUGUGGCUGUGAUUCAGCGCCGUCCAUCCAAGUCGGGCGUGGCGUACGUGCAAGUGACCCAAGUCGAGUAGAGUCUGGGUGCUAUCUAUCUCUUCAUUGCCAACACG